AAGAAACACUGCAUUUUUCGUUCUUUAAGGCCAACACAUCGCACACUUUCUCAUUUAAUGUGAAGCUACUUUAGGCAGAUGGAACGAUCCUGAGGCAUGUGAGCCAGAACUUUGAAACAGUCAGUGUGACUCAUCAGUCACUGGAUUCCCAUUCCCAUAACCGAUAUGCCCAGAGGCCAUCAAAUUGGCGCUCUCCCUGAUGUCCCAUUGAGAGUGGCUGUUGCUUUGGUGUAGGCAGUCUGGUCACACUAAAGCUGGUCACUUCAGUAGCCGUGAGGCUUCCCAGAUAUUUCACUAUGGAGGAAGGACAACAGCAGACAUCUGAGAUCUACUUCCCAAGCAUCAGUCUUGGAUCUGCUGACAGUGAAAGAGUGGAAGAAGAUGAACUACCAAUAAUAUCUUUAUCCAAAAGCGCCACAGACAUGAUGAGUGGACCUCCUCAACGCAUGGAGCUGACAUGGUACUGUGAGAAUUUGCGCAAGAGUGCCAGCAGUGCAGCAUGCACUCAAAGGCCUGUCAGUCUGGGUGGACCAGCUACUGUUGUCCCUGUUAACUUGUGUGACCAUGAACAGGGGAGUAUGUGUAGUGGAAACAGUACCCCUGAGACUGUAAUCUGGCAUGGAGUAACUGCAAGACCAUGGAGCGUCAUGGAGGACACACCCAGAAGGACUCCAACGCAGGAUCUGCUUCUGGGACAAAAUCAGGCCCCUGGUGGGGUGAAGUGUGUGCCACACUCACCAUCCACAAAUAGGGAUCUAUUGAGAAAGGAUCUGGUAAACAGGGAGGGAAAUUGUCGGUGUUGCAGAUAUGUGGCGAACCCGACGGGAUGCAGUUGUUGCAGAAUGACUUGUAGAAUGAAUUCUUCUGCUCUGAGCAAUAGCUUCACACAACAGGCGAAUACAGAGGACCACAUUCAGAGUAACUGUGAAAGCCAUAAUUUCACUGCAUGCCACAGGUCUACCUAUGUGGGUCAUAUGAUGAACAAUUCCUGCUUGCGAAAUGCUUGCACUGGUGUUCCCUGCACUGGACAUUUGAUAUCACAGCCAGUUUGUGCGGGAAGUCCCUGUGCAGGUCAGCGGUCUAUCCUCCAUUCAGGCUUGCUCGGUUUUCCGCCUCUUGUGUCCUCGGUAAGCGAGACCAGACUUGACAGCCGGAGUUCAGGCCACUGUUGUGGAUCUGAAUUAAGGGGACAGAACUCUUCCUGCCUUAGACUAGACCGGACAGGCCAGACUAGACUUAACAGGACAAUAAAAGAUGCCACUACCAUGACAUCUGACCAUGAGCUCAGAGAUGUUGGUGUGCAGACCAUAUCCUCUGAUUCCCUUGUUUCUCCUCAAUUCCAUGUGUUUCCAGAAAUGAAUUUAAGAGCAAAUCCUACCUCGGACACAUCUUUGUCCACAGAGCGCAUGUGUUGUAAGACCCCCAUGAAACAGGUGGAAUGGGAUGCUGAAGGAAUGACCUGGGAGGUAUAUGGUGCAGCUCUGGAUCCCGAAGAGCUCGGCCUGGCAAUUCAGAAGCAUCUAGAACUUCAGAUCAAAGAGACAGCAGCUGCUGCAGCUGCUCAAAAGGAAGACUCAACGGAGACUGUCAGCGCCUUGGCACUGGAGCCCAGGCAACGGAAAAAGAGUGAAGGCAUUAUAAGGUCACUGCGCAGUUCUGCAUGUUGCUCCAACCCCAAUACUGUAGGGGACUGAAGGGGGGUGUUGUUUGGACCAACAUUGCAAACCAAUGUGGCAUAAAGAUACCAUUCAUAAUUUAAAGAUAGUGGUGUGUUUCCACUACUGUACCUUCAAACAUGGCCUUGUUCCUGUUUUGACUUCCAAAGUACCUUUAAGGUCCCCCUUUUUUGUCCAAAAUACCAGCAUGAUAAUUUUGGUGAGCAGUCUGUAUUUGCCUUUUUGGAAACAGUAAUUAUAAGCUCCUACUUGUUGGAUUUAGACAAAGAAAGCAAACAGCAGAUGAUUGAACAUUACCUAGGGGUACCCUAAAUUUACUGUAACCCUUGCACACUCUUUAGGGCUACCUUGAGCAACUAGGGUAAACUAGGUCAACUAGAGCAACUAGGGCCAACUCAUAUUAUCCCAUAUUAGCCAGGGCAUCCCAUAUUUUGGGCUAAAUUAAGAUGCCCGUACACCUAUUGUCCCGUAUUUUAGAGGGUGGCCAAAUAUCCCAUAUUAAAGCUGUUGUGUCCCGUCUUGAAGCAGUCAAAAUGCUCAAGUGUCCCGUUAUCGCAUGAUGAAAAGUUGGCAACCCUAGCAUUAUCUUAAGACCGACUGGUUUAAAUUAGCUCAGUACAUACAAACUCUUCACAAUUUCUGUGUUUUCUGGUCUCACGGAUGUGGUGUUAAGGUCCUUUUAGACAAUGACAAUCCAUUAGUACUACCAGUAUAUUGCUUUCACUUUUUUUAAGUCUAUUUGUUGUUGCUGAUGUCUGAACUGAAUGUUUCAUAAGCUGCUCUCAUUAUCAUAAGAUGCCCCCUGCAAAUGCUUAUUGGUUCAGCUACAAGUUGGCCAGGUGGGUUAAAGUGAGCUCAAGGCCAGAAUCCAUUCAGAGUUAAAAAUAUGAAUGCUCAUGAGGUCUGUGGGCAUGCAAAGCUGUUUUCUUAUCAGACUUACUGAUGAUAAGCAAAUAUACACUCAAGAUCAGUGUUCCUGUAUUUCUGUAGUACAUUAUAAGCUAAAUCUGAGCCCCAGUUCUGUUCUUAAGCUCAGAGAUGAUCGCAAUCAUUUGAAAAAAGUAGUAAUAAUAAAUUAAAGAAAGAAAACUCACAGACAUUUUAAUUUCGGUGCCAAAUUCUUACUAAAAAUAUUACAUCUGAUUUAAAAUGAAAGAUUUUGCUCUUUGUAAAAAAGCACAACCCAUGGAUUAAAUAUCUGCAGACACAAUAUUUUGUGGCAUUAGUAAAAGAAUUCAAGUGACACAUUUUCAGAUCAAAGAUUAAAACCACAAACAAAACAAAAAAAUAUAGUUGGGCCAGACCUCAAAUACCUCCCUUUAGUAUCAUUACAACGUUGUAAAGUUUCUAAAGAUAAAAUGCUUCAUAAAUAUCACAUUCUGUGUAAGAUUUAAACUAUGUUUAUAUACUGUAUAUCAUGAUCACAUAUAUAUGCUAUAUCACAACAAUCAUAUACAGAAUCAGAAUCAAUUGCAAUUAAUGCAAUCUCUGUCAAUCAUGUUCAUAAUAUACUCUUUUAAAGAGCAUGAAAAGUCUCUUUAAAAAGACAUAUUGUUGGUAAGUAAAUGUGUUUCCAGAAUUUCUGACCAAAUCAACAGUAUGUGCUGCACACACUGCUUUUGUUGUUCUUUGCCAAUGCAUAUUUAGUUUCUUUUUCGACCAGAGCAUUGUGAUUCAACAAUUUAGAUAUUACUGGAUCAACACCUUGCAGUACGAUGCAGCUUUUGUACGCUUUCUACAGCAAAAACUAUACUAACAUUGAAUGUCUUGA